GCCCUAUAGUCUGUCCCUGUCCUAUCAAACCAAAUCAACUAGCUACCCCUACCGCUACCCCAAACUUUGAGAAAAUGAAGGGAAAAUUACUCGCAUGGUUGCUGUUGAUGAUCCUAUCAAGCUUGGCUCUCACAAAGAGUAGUUCUUUCCAUUUGGAACAUCAUCAAGGUGAUAUUAACCUCUCAAGGCCCAUCGUACAAGAACAAGAAACUAUUCAUGGUGUACUUGGCACAAUGAGACUGAAUGGAUCAGAAGAAGAUUAUGGACGAGGAAGCAACAAAGAACAAGAAGAUUUGGUUGUUUCAGAAAAGGGACAGAAAGGGAAAACAGGAGUUUAUGGCGGUGCAAAUGUUGCUCAUCACCCCCGUCAACAGAAAAGUAGUGCAACACCCCGCCCUAAUCUCAUCGCAAAAACCAUGUUGCACGUAAGCUUCACUUUGGUUCUUAUUUUUUCCUCCAGAUUACUCUAAGAUGUUUCCAUCGAUUCUAUAUAUAUAUAUAUAUAGAGUGUGAAGCUUGUUAGGGAGUAUUCUCCCACUUUCUUUUAGAGUGACCUUCUGAUGAUGGCAGAUUUUCAUUUUCGAACUUUCCAUUUGAGUGUCCUUAAUUGGAUGAACUUGGUGGUUGAUUUCUGCGAUUGAGAAAGGCUUUUCAUGUUUGUUAGGUAUAUGUUUGAUGAGUGGUUAUAUCUCACUUUAUUGAGAAAGCAGGACUGCCGUUCUGCUACUAGUUUUUGCCGUGUGCAAGUUUUCGAAUAAUUGCAUGUUGUGGAUCAACUGGUUCCUGGAUUUCCUAUUCAUCAUGUAAUUUUCCAUUACUUUAGCGAUUGGUUGUACGGUAAUAUUAUGUACUCUAUCUCUAUCAUCGAGAAAGAAGUUUGAAGCAAGGAUUGUGAAAGUGAUUAAUAAAGGAGCAGGACUUCAAGUUGCUCUAUGUUUUACUUAGAGAA